UAUGACGCACGUCGGCUGGUAGUAAAGGAAAAAGGAGAACCAGUCCAGUUAACCUGACCUACCGUCUCUGUCUACAAAAAAAAUUGCGUUUGCUUCACAAAAUGUUUCGCCGACAUUUAUACACGGAUUUAAUUUAACAACCAAACAUGUCGGUUUGUUCGUCGUCAGCCCGUGAAUAUAUUCAGCUGGUAAAAUUGACCUACGAAGAAGAAUGCCUUUGUUGCUACGCUAGCUAGCUAGCUGGACUUAGCUUCAGGAUGGACAGCUGAGUGAGUAACAGAUAAAUGUCCGGUAAAUGAAUCUUGAGAGCACCGUCUCCUGAGAGUAACGGAGGGGUUUGGACGCCUUUUUGCUACCUCCGAACCGCGUAGACGAUGAAGAACUGCGAGUACCAGCAGAUCGACCCACGGGCGCUCUCCGCUUCGCCGCUGUCGGCUCAAAACCCCGCCGAGAAGAAGGUGCAGCGCCCGCGGAGAAAAUGGGAAGCUUUCCCGGGAAAAAACAGAUUUUUCUGCGACGGACGGCUCAUCCUGGCCAGACAGAACGGCGUCCUUCCUCUAACAUUAGGCCUUAUUGUUGUCACUAGUGGCCUUUUUUUUGCUUUCGAUUGCCCCUUCCUGGUGCAGCAUCUGACCGUGUGUAUACCUAUGAUAGGAGGGGUGCUCUUCUUGUUUGUGGUCGCCUCCCUGCUAAGAACCAGCUUUACAGAUCCAGGCAUUUUACCCAGAGCCACGGCAGACGAAGCUGCAGACAUAGAGAGGCAGAUAGAUACCUCAGGAUCCUCAACAUAUCGCCCGCCUCCUCGAACCAAGGAGAUCCUCAUCAACCAGCAGGUGGUAAAACUCAAGUACUGCUUCACUUGCAAGAUGUUCCGGCCUCCACGGACCUCCCACUGCAGUCUGUGUGACAACUGUGUUGAGCGAUUUGAUCACCACUGCCCAUGGGUGGGGAACUGUGUCGGGAAACGCAACUACCGCUAUUUCUACAGCUUCAUCAUCUCUCUGUCUUUUCUGACAUCUUUUAUAUUUGGCUGUGUCAUCACACAUAUCACCCUCCGUUCUCAGGCAGGGAAAGGCAUCGUUCAAGCCAUUCAGGAGAGUCCUGCAAGUGUGGUGGAAUUGGUGAUUUGCUUUUUCUCCAUCUGGUCUAUUUUGGGCCUCUCAGGCUUCCACACCUACUUAGUAGCCUCCAAUCUCACCACGAAUGAAGACAUCAAGGGGUCGUGGUCGGGUAAACGGGGAGCAGAGGAGUCUGGAAACCCCUACACUUACAGCAACAUCAUAACCAACUGCUGUGUUACAUUAUGCGGCCCGAUGCCUCCCAGCCUGAUUGAUCGAAGAGGGUUCCUCCCUCCCGAUGAGGCGAUCCCCGCCGCUGCGGCCUCAGAGAUGGAGCUGCCUCCCUUUACGCCCAAGAGCGAUGCGAACAUGUGCACUCAGAGCACGAAGGACGUGCUGGAGAGGAUGCUCCACUCCUCCGACUUCCAUGGCCUGUGCCCUUCAGGGAACCCCAAGACCUCGCCUCUGGUCCAGGAGGUUUCCAGCGCCCCAGCAACCGCAGAGCCCUACCUCUCCUCCGGCUGCUCACGGCAGCUCGCCCGCCAGGCUGUGGUUGACCCCUGCCCCCUGUUGUCCCCUGUCGCUUUCAGCAAAAGCAACAGGAGAGACUCGCUGCACUCGAUCAACCCAGCCUUCCGCCUGGCUUCUCCCUCGCCCACGCUAAGCCGGAGCGCGCUGGUUCUGGGCGACGGGCCUGACAUUGGUUUCAUCCCGCAACACUAAGGGCGCUUUGGUCACCAUCAGAGCAGACAUUGGAGUCAUGGCGGGGACUAUACGCUCCUCAGGCUGCACACAUUGCUGCUGUUUAUCGUCAGGCAGUGGUUUUGGACACAAAGACACUUAGUCAGAGACUUGGUGCAUGUUGGAAUUUGUUGUCGCAAAAAUGUCCUUGUGAGGGGUUACGGUUAAUUUAAGUCACUAGUGUCCAGUUGUACACAUCCUUCAAAAUGGAGGGGAAUCUUAGUAACACUUGAGAGCACAAUAUAGAGAUAUUUUUUCACAUCUUUUUUAGGUACGCUCGAAAUGUCCCAGCACUCCUUCUGCUGAACCUCAGUGUUUGAGUUCUAAUAUGAUAUGCAAACAUGGGCAGGCUUUUGAGUUUGGAUUUUUUGUGUAUAAGAAGCCAGAAACAAAUGUUGGACUUUGCUCAGUUUUCCAGAGAGUGCACCAUUUUAACAACAAAAAGCCUCACGCAUCGUCAUCUACAUUGUCCCGUCUACGUUUGAAGGAUUGGUUAUAGAUGGACAAGGAUCUCAUACUUGUUGGAAUUUUGCAAAUCCUUUUGAAAAAAACAAAAGGUUUUGGGAGACUCCAAGUUACUUCUGUGAGAUCACGCAUAUGUUUUGUGAGAUCCUGGUUGCUUUGGCUAUGUACUGCCACGGUUUUGGAACAUCUCCGCCUGCUCUUUUGAGAUCCCAAGUUACUUUGGCGAGAUCGUGUUGAAGAUUGGCAAGAUCCUGAGUUACUUUCUCAAGCUUCUGCAAAUGUUUUGCGAGUUCCUGGAAGAGAUUUUUGAGAUCCUGUUUCAUUUAUGCAAAUCUCCAUCAACGUUCUGUGGGAUCCUAAGUUACUUUGCAAGAUUUUUCUAAAAAUGCGUGAUCAUGAGUUGCUUUUGUCAGACCCUGAGUUACAUUUGAAAGAUCAUGCAAAACUUUCAUGAGACCCCAAGUUACUCUCAUGACACCUUGUAAAACUUUUCGCAAGAUCCCACAGUCAUUUUGGGAAAUUCUACAAAUGGCUGGUAAAGCUUUGCUAGAUUGUGAAUUACUUUUAGAAAACGUGAACAAACUGCAUCAACAAUUAUGAUGACAAUUAUAAUUAUAACAAUUAUGAUUUUAAUUGUUUAUAACUCAUGUAAUUUAAUUUAAUGUAAUCUGUUUAACAUGAGGUUUUCAAAACAAGAGUCUUAGAAAUAUCAAGCGCUUGAGAAAAUAUGUUUAAUUGUGAAUCAUCCACUGUGAUGUGGACAAAAUAUUACUUAAACUAAACUUAAUAUUACUAAAUAUUACUUAUUACUUAAAAUACAACUUUAACAUCACUUGUGCAAUAAUUAUAAACCUUUACUGUUACUGUUAUAAAAAACAAAGACAGUACAUAAAAUUUUUUGGGGCACCCAUACAAUUUCUUUCUUUUAAACUUUUCUUUUGCUAUUGCAUCGUAAAACAUUUGUAGGAUCUCAUUAAAUGUAACUCAGGUUGUCGCUAAAGUUUCCUUUAAAAGCUACGUUUUAUCUUUUUUUUCUUUCUUUCUCCGGUGUCCUUGGGCUCAGUACAUAAAGAAGCUAAAGCUGGAAAAUUAUGUUAAAAUGACAUAGUUUGUUCAGAUGUCCCAUAUGGAACAGGGUGAAAUGUUUUAGUAAUUCUUUGUGUCUAAAAAUUGGACGUGAAAACAAAUUACUUGAGUCAUGUUUGCAACUUUUUUCUUGGAACUAUUUCGGAAGUAUUUGUUGCUGACAUGAUGUUUAGUGUUUUCUGUGUUCACCCGUUUUUAUCGCUUUGCCUGCAGCACAUAUCCAAUGUUUUCAACACAAAACCUGAAAUUAUCAUCUUAUUAGACAGCAAACGGCAUGAGGCGGAAUGCACCACUAGGGGGCAGGCUGUGGACUGCAAAUUCAGCUCAGUCUUUAUGUAGUAAUGUGGACAUCAAUAGGGCAAAUGCCCUUUUCACUUUAUUAUUAUUUAUUAUCCUUCCGUUACCGUUAAUGCGGCUCGUUUAUUUAUGUAUUCUUUUUGUAUUUGAGCUUUCAACGUGUUCAUAUGUUGUGAGUUUGUGAGGAUUCACUUUGGCGUAGCUCAUGAAUCAGUCUGUAGGUUACAAGCAGUGCUCGUACGAACAAACUUGUUUGUAUUUUGCAGUGUAGCAGUACAACUGUAUCAUAUGACCAAUAAACAUCCAUGUUUGUUGAAGGUUUAUUCGUUUCUAAAAAAAAAAAAAGUUCCCAGUUACAAACAGUGAUCAAAACAAAUGGACAAAACUCACGCAGGAGGAAAGCAGGUAUCAUGCAGAGUUCAUUUUUUUUAUGACAGACGCCUCAUGGAAAUGACGAGAAGGAGCAUGUUGUCCACAUGUGCUCAGAGGGGCCAGCUAGAAGAAGUUCAAGUGUUUCUGUCAGAUGUGGACAGUGUGAAGCACUAAAUGCUUGACACAGAUCCAAAGACCAGCAAUGCAUUUGACCUAGAAAGUCCUAGAAGAUGAAGUCAUGAUGUGCAGGAAUACAAAGAUGCAUCCACCUGCCCCAAAGGAGGGAUGCCGGAAUGCAGGAUGCCAGGAUGAGUUAUUUCUUUUCGCAUUUUCUUCCUUGCCGAGCCAGUUGUAUAUGUAAAGCUGCUGUUUACCUGCAGGCAUUUUAAUAAAACCUAUUUGCACUCAUAGGGCUUAUGGAGCGGAGAUGCAGGAAGAACAGAAAGAAGCAGAUGUGUUUCGCUCUAAAUGACAUCUCACAUUUGGAUUGAGAUAAAAGAUACUCACCUCUCAAGGUACUCUCAACAUAUUUCAGUCUGCUCUGAAACAUGAUAAGAAUAAUGGAUUUUUUUUCUUCUAUUUCUCUGAACACAUUAAAUCAUUUAACUUCAAAGGUCUCAAGCAUUUCAGCAUGACAACCUGUGUAUUUCAAGCAAACAAAACACAGAUGGUCAAACCUUUGGCUCAAUGUCUUGUCGAAAGAAUAAAAGCGUUGCAACCUCA